AUGUCUUAUGUUAUUCGUAAAGGACCUAGACAAAUCACCAAUAUUGGUCGCUGGGCUUACAAUCUUUCUGGAUUCAAUCAAUAUGGACUCCAUCACAACGAUGUUCUUUACGAAAAUGAUGAUGUAAAGGAAGCACUCCGUCGCUUGCCACAGCAAUAUGUUGAUGACCGCAACUACAGACUUACUCGUGCAUUACAUCUCUCAAUGACCAAGACUAUUUUGCCCAAAAACGAAUGGACAAAGUAUGAGGAAGAUUUCAGAUACUUAGAACCAUACUUGGAAGAAGUCCAAAGAGAGCGCGAAGAAAAGGAGGAAUGGAAUAAGAAAUAA